UCUAUUACCUAUACGUCUUCUAUCAAUUAUCAACACUUGAAUUUGAAAAUAUCCAUCCACGAAUUAAGAUAUAAAUUGUGGUUGAGUGGUUCUGGUUCACAGUAUUGUAAUAAUGAAAGUACUUUUUACUCCUUAAAAUUGUAAUUACAUUUUUAAUUGUAGUGUUUAGAAACUGCCAUCAUUGAUUAUAUUUGUUUUCUUUAUCUAUGUUGAUGAUUUUUUUCGUACUAAAUGACUGACAUUUUUAAAGAUUUGAGUGAUAUUUGGGAUAGGCUGUUCAGUCACCGUCCAUUUUUACAAGGAGAAAUUAAGUAUUUUUUAUCAGAAUUUGAUAAAAAAUCAUAUAGAGCUGAUGAAGAAAAUUUAAAAAAAAUUGGUGAACUUGUUAAUGAUUUAAAAGAAAAUAAAAUUGAAAGAUUUUUGCAAUCAAGUGGUGAAAAUUUAUUUUUAUUGAAUUCCGCCAUUAAUGAAGCUUUGAAUUUGAGUCAAGCAAUUUUGGAUCAAGAAAAUAACAUAAUUUCAGAAGAAGAUUUGAAAAUUAAAGAAGAAUUUCACGAAAGACGUCAGAAAGAAUUGGAAACAUUUAAGUCUGAUCUGAAAACUAGAUAUGAAAGUAUAGAUAAAGAUAUUGAAGAUAAAGUAGAAGCAAUCAAAAUACAUUUUGAAGAAGACAUAAAUAAACUUAUUGCCGACAACCAGUAAAAAAUUAUGGAUUAUAAAAUAAAAAUAAAAACUGACCCCCAGUUUUUGGAUUUGUUUAAGAAAAUUGAAAAGUCCAAAGUUGAUAUUCCCACUCAUGUUAGUGAAUGUUUUUCUGUUAAAAUGUUAGACCUAGAAGCUUUCAAGUGGUUUAGUGAAAAUUUGAAAAAAAUCGAUGGUCCCCCCUUACACACAUUAAUCACUGAAGAAAGUAUAGUUUUACCUAGUCCACCAAUUGUUGAGUCGAGUCCAGAGUACAAAGAAAAAAUGAGAAAAUUGGAGCAACGUCUAAAGAAUAAAGAAUAUGAUGCUAUGACAAAAAAUGUAGAUUUUCGAAGGGUUAGACUACCUGAAGAUACAAUUUCUUAUCAAAUUAAACAAAUCAAUAGGCAGUUGAUAGCAGUUCUCCAAUUUGUGAUUUCAACAGCUGCUGGAUUUUUAUUUGGAUAUUUGGGUAUCGAGUUGAUGCUAAGUACAACCUUUGAUUUGGGCUUUAAGUUAUUGUUGGGAAUCAUAUGUGCCCUAAUUAUAGCAUUAGCUGAAAUUUACUUUUUAGCCAAAAAAUUAUCUGAGGACUUCGAGCCAUUUGAUACAACUGGCGGAAAAGUUCAUCAAGAUUAAUUGUUG